UGCCAAUCUCCCCUAUAAUUACAAAAUAACAAUAAUAAUAAUAGUAAUAAGGAAAGGAUAGAAUAAGAUAUAAUGGACUAUAUUGUGGGUGAUGGUAUUAUUGGUCACUAAUUUGAAGUAAGUUUGCUUAUCUGGAAGACCGAAAAUUUGAAAUGGCAGACGGUUUAAUUCCACACAUUUUGAUAGGGAGUAUUUUCUACAUUUUUGGCUUGAAAUGGUGCUGUGAAUAUGCAAAAUUUUGGGAUACUCCCAAAAGAUCUGAGGGAAUGAGCUCCACAAAAUCUCGCAUAUUAAUGGGGAAAUGUGAAAAACUACUGAUGAAUAAUCCAAUCGAAGGUAGCCUAAAACUCAUAGCUACAGCUAUCGGCUUAAUUGGUACAAUGGUGGAAGGUCUUCCAGAUACCGUAAUUGUUUCUCCGAAAGUUGUCCAUGCAACUAUCUAUUUAUUUUUCGCAUUAUCAGGCCUCAUUGAUGUCUUGACAUUUUAUUUUCCUCGUAACGUCACCAAGGGACUUGCUAAUUUAGCACUAGCACAGAGUUUUUUCGUUGAAGGAUUUCUUUUCGUUUGGGCCAGUCCAGACCGGAGCAUUACCAAUGGCAUUGCAGCAGCAAUUGUCUGGACAACUGCAAUUACUAUUGGUGCUGAAUUAAUUUGGCCAGAUCUUAAACUUUUGAGAGCAACUACUACACUGUUGCAUGGAGGAUGGAUAGCUCACAUGGUGCGACUAUUUCGCAGUGAAACAUUAGCAACUGAAAGAAUUGCUUUAGCAUUCUCAUGGCAUAUCGCUGCUGCAUUUGCCGUUACGUUAAUUGUUGUUGCCACUGCGAGGAGCUGCGCCCCUAAUAUAAACAUCCAUGAUGAACCACCUGAUGUCCCAAUUUAUGAUUACUGCAAUGAACCACAUGAUAUGACAUGAUAAUUUUUGUCUCAUUGUCUGUUUUCCAUCAACUUACAACUUUCCUUGACUGAUUUGUCUUUAAAAAAGGAAGAAAAAAAUUUUGUUUUUUCCUUAAUCAUUCAAGUUCGCAGUGGUAUUAUUCUCAUCGCCUUUCCUGUACCUCAUUUAGAGAUACAAUGAGGCCUAUUACAUAUUUAAUCAUUUGUAAUUUCUUAAGCAAUAAAUUUGAUUAUUAAAUUUUU